AUGUCGACGACAAAGCAACCUACUCGCCCGCGCCGCAUCGACGAUGCCCUCUCCCAGCUGGUCGACUCCCUGACCCCCACCCUCCCCCUCGCCUCGGUGAACUACGACAACUAUUCCGACGAAGAAGAGGCCAUCGCCGCCGCCGAAUCACAUCGUCAUGAUGCCCAGCUCGAUCGUGCCUGGCGUAUAAUAGAUACAUACCCGGCUGCCGGCUCUGCAGAUCCUGGCUCGCCAGCAGGCCUAGGAGGGCGUCGCGGUAGUUUAGCGGCAAUGGAAAGCGUGAACAACGCGCCGGACCUGAUCAAGCGCAAACUUCGACGCGAAAAUUCCAGCCCGGACAAAGCAGUCCGCUUCUCGAAUCUGUAUUCUCGUCUCCUGACGCAGCCAGUGCUCUCGCAGAAAUGGGGCAUCUUGUACCUCCUCUACAAGCUGUCGGAGAAGGACGGGGUUGGUGCGGAGGGCGGCGAGCGAAGUCGCAGUCCGUCGAUGGAUGAUGGGAAUCUGCAAAAUAUGCUCGGACGAGAGGGUUCGCGACCACGACGUGGUACACAUUCACGCGCUUUCGAGUCCGAAGACGAGGGACCUGCAGUGAGUUCAUCUGCAUCGCAGAAGAUUCCACUGUCCAAACCUGAGCGACCGAACUCAUUCGUGGAGCGAGAGUCUGCAGACUAUUCUGCACGACCCUCCAAUCGUGAGGUCGACGAGCGGGCAGGCGCGGCAUCGCCUACUAUGACGCCUAGCUCUCCUCAAGCGCACUCGAAAGAAUCAGUCGAGCGUGGACUUUUGCGAGAUCUCCCAUUCAAUCUGCAGGGGUUGUCUUCAUCCAAUCUUCAAUUUCAGUCUGCGUCUGUCUUAAAGCUUCCGCAAAACCUCCCUUCGCCGAUUAUCUCUCUUUUACACUCCCUAGCCGAGCCGUGUCUUCUUUAUAAAGGGCUUUCGGAGUUUUGCGAGGGUACCAACGAAGGGCUGAUUCACCAGAGCUUAAGAGCGGCUAUUUCCAAGGAGAUACACUCCUACCUGGGCUUGGUCGCCACGCUAGAAGCUGAAAUCAGACAGGCGUUGGCUGCCAUUGGAGAUGGAACUCAGUCUCUGGGUGUAAGAAAAAGUGGUGUUACGUUGAAACGAUGUAUGAUCUGGACUCGAGAUGCGACAAUGGCUCUUCGGUUGAUGAGCUUAAUUGUGGAAGAAUCUCGCGAUAAAAAGGGAGGUCAGUUGAUUUCUUUGAUUCACGGAUUCUCAACAUCACACGGAGAUCCCUUCGUGGGUGCCUUUGCCGAGAAACUUUUGGCCCACGUCACCCGCCCUUUCUACGAUAUGCUUCAACUAUGGAUCUAUGACGGCGAGCUGUCCGAUCCAUAUAAAGAAUUUUUUGUUGAUGAGCCUGAGUUCCGACCCAGUACCGACUCACGGGGGAUCGCGACAAGUGUCUGGGAACACAAGUAUAAGCUAGUCGACAGGCUCAUCCCUUCAAUCGUGACCCGUGAGUUUGCGGAAAAGGUCUUCCUCAUCGGAAAAUCAUUGAACUUCAUCCGAACCGGGUGUGAGGACUCUGCAUGGGUGGAGGCAUACUCGAAAGAAGCCUUCAAAGAGCUGAAGUAUGGCGACACGGAUACUUUGGAAUCAUCGAUUGACAAGGCCUAUAAAACCACCAUGGCACGGCUCAUCCACCUAAUGGACGACAAGUUCAAGCUAUUCGAUCACUUGCGAGCGUUGAAGAAAUACCUACUUUUGGGACAGGGUGACUUCAUUGCUUUACUUAUGGAGUCAUUAUCAUCGAACCUCGAUCGUCCUGCCAACUCGCAAUACCGGCAUACACUCACUGCGCAGCUUGAACAUGCCAUUCGUGCUUCUAAUGCGCAGUACGACUCGGCAGACGUGCUUCGCCGACUGGAUGCUCGAAUGCUGGAGCUCAGCCAUGGCGAGAUUGGCUGGGACUGUUUCACUCUGGAAUACAAAAUCGAUGCCCCGGUAGACGUUGUCAUCACACCUUGGGGAUCGAGACAGUAUCUCAAAGUUUUUAACUUUUUGUGGCGGGUGAAGCGCGUUGAGUUUGCUUUGGGGAGUACCUGGCGCCGAUGUAUGACCGGUGCGCGAGGCGUACUAGGGAAUGUGGAGGACACACUCGGGGCAGACUGGAAGCGUGCGAGGUGUGUCAUUGCUGAGAUGAUACACUUUGUCUGUCAGCUCCAAUAUUAUAUUCUCUUCGAAGUGAUCGAGUCCAGCUGGGAUCAGCUGCAGACCGAGAUGUCAAAAACAGACUGCACCCUCGGCGACUUGAUCGAUGCACACAACAAAUACCUCAACUCCAUCACGCACAAGGGAUUGUUAGGCUCCACCUCAACCUCCCGAUAUGGCUCCUCAACCUCGGCAUCGGCCAAACAGCCCGAAGAAAGUUUCCUCACCCAGCUCCACCAAAUUCUCAAGAUCAUGCUCGCAUACAAAGAUGCCGUGGACGGUCUAUAUUCGUUCUCAGUUGCAGAGUUCACCCGUCGACAAGAGCUGAUAGCUAAGAUCGAGACUCGCACUGCUCAAGGCCACUGGGGCGUCACUGAAAGCGAUGUUCGUCCACGCCGAGCAAACAGCCGCGGUGGAACGUCUAUCGCAUCGACUCCUGAUAUUCGCCCAGCCAGCGCAGGCGUCGAUGGUAUCGACACGCCCUAUUCCCUCGAUGGACCAGAAAUGAACGAUGACCAGAUGCUUCCCACGCUCCGUUCUCGACUCCGCGAUCUCUCUGCCGAAUUUAAAUCACGCCUGAACAUCCUACUCGGAGACCUUGCCUACCAACCGGACGUCGAUAUGCGAUUUUUGGGCGUCGUCAUGAACUUCAAUGACGUUUAUGAGCCAGUUCGAAGACGCAAACCGGCAUCUAGCUCUCGAGAUAAGGAGAAAGAGAAGGAACGCGAACGCGCGAAAAGGAAAGCAGCGACUGCCGCAGCAUCGGCAAAUACGGGGUCUGGCACAGAAUCCAGUGCGCCGAAAGAGGCUCGUCGGGAAUAG